AUGACAGAGCCUCACUUAACGUCCUCCUGCAAGCCUGCGAACGACCCUGGGCGCCUAAAGAGGAAGCGGCCACACGACGACCAACAUGGCACAACAGCAGCCACUGACAAGCGUACCAAUACUUUGCAUUUCAAAGAUUUCAACCUCCCCAUCAAGGAUCCAUCAAGACAUACGAGUGGCAGGGUGCGCGAUCAACAAUAUUUACAGCUCUGUACAUCUCCCCACGACGACAGAGCACACGAUGCGUUCAAGACAAAGAUCCUGGAAGAAGACAUACAACUCGAAGCGGAGGUAGACAAAUGGCUGGAGCAGGUCACCCCACGUCUGGAGGCCGGCGAGCAGAUACCCAUUGGGAGCCUUGGCAACACGAAAUGGCACGUAGCCUGCCGCGAGUAUUGGGAGCAAUACAUUGGCCCGGACCACUGCUGGAUUAAUCCCGAGGAUGAACGAAUGCUCGUAUUCCAGAAAAAAGCACCGGGUGUGAAGACCACAAAGCAGCAAAUGGUGGUGGAUCAAUUCUGGAUGAAGCAAAGCGCCUCACCUGGUAUAGCUACGAGUUAUCCCUUUGAGAGACCAGAAUAUGCAAGCUUAGACCCCGUGAUCGUGAGCCUAAGGACACCGAUGAACAUGACUCGGGAAGCGACGCUACUGAAGAAUCAGACUCUGAAGAAGAUGAAGAAGACAACGAAGAAGAAGACGAAGAACACACCGGCAGCGAAGAAGAAUGGAGUCAUGAAAGCGACGACCUGUAUUGCAGAAACUACAGCAACGGCAGCGAAUGCGGAUGCGAAAGAUGCCUUCGUACAUGGGACGAUAUGUCUGAGAGCGAUUUAUACGACGAUCGCCCUGAACCACCGGGGAUGA